GGUUUUCCUUUCGCUCAUUUCCCGUUCGCGGUUCGUUCGGUUCGGUCGCAUCUUUCCGCAGCUACCUGUCUGUCCGUAUUUUUUUCGAUCCGAUCGCUGUGUCCAGAAAGGGGGAUUUGGUAAUAGGUUGUGGUAGAGAGGGACGUCGUUGUGGUCCGGCGUGUCAAUGGAAACUAGUGAUUCCCGUUCUAGUGCAGUCCCUUCUAAGUGGAUUAGUCGCGUCAUCAUCACAGUCAGUCUUCGGUUCAAUAUAUAGUUUUAGGUGCUUUGCAUUCCCGAUCGAACCACAAGAUUGAUUACGUUGUGGACAGCAGCAGAACCAGGAAGCAGCUGAAGUGGGUAAUUAAGGAAACGUAAAACCUUUCCCCAUCUUCCCCAUUCCAUCAGGUGGAACCGAACAAGGAUUACGUCUGGAGCACUGAGAUGAAGGUAUGAGGCUAUAGUUUAAUUAUUACUCGGAAACAUAUUCAGCGAAUGGGAUGGCACAAAGCGAGCAGCAGUUUUUGAAAGGCGAAAGUCAACGGAAUACGCCAACCGUCAAAACGGCGCAGCCAGCAUGGAUGCGGUUCGUUUCCGAGAACAAGCUGAUCCUGGUGACCCUGAGUGGAGUGCUGUUGGGCGUUGUACUAGGAUUCACACUCCGCCCGCUAGAGCUAUCCGAAGACACCAUCAUGCUGAUUGCCUAUCCGGGCGAGCUGUUCAUGCGGGUGCUGAAACUGAUGAUCCUUCCGCUGGUGAUUGCCAGCCUGAUUAGCGGUUCUUCCAGUCUGAACGCCAAACUGAACGGAAAGAUUGCCCUGCGGACGUUUGCCUACUUUGCCCUGACGUCGCUGCUGAACGCCAUUCUGGGCACCACGUUGGUCCUGCUGAUUCAUCCAGGGGAUCCGCGGAUGCACGAAGCCAUGGUGGAGUAUUCGGUUUCCGGUGGGAAAACCGUCUCGUUGAUGGACAGCAUUUUGGAUUUGGGACGAAACAUCUUCCCCGACAACAUAUUCCAGGCGGCUCUCCAGCAGGCUCACACGGUUUACGUUCCGCGUUCGAAUGCCAUCAACGGUAGUGUGCUUCCGGUGGUAAAUGCUAAGCCAACUGCUCACAACACUUUCUCCUGGGAUGACGAGGACGAACUGAUUCGGAUUGUGGAGUACAGGCCGGGUACCAACACCCUUGGGAUUGUAUUUUUCUGCUUGGUUUUUGGCACGCUUUUGGGAACGAUUGGCAGCAAGGGGUAUGUGGUGAUUCAGUUCUUCGGAGCGAUUUUCGACGUCAUCAUGAAGAUGGUCACGGGUGUGAUGUGGUUGACUCCGAUUGGGGUUGGAAGCGUCAUCGCGGGUAAGAUUUUGGCUGUGAGUGAUAUCAGCUUGGUGAUGACCCAACUGGCUUGGUUUAUCUUUACGGUGUUGUUCGGAGUGCUCCUGUAUCAGUGGGUCAUUGUGCAGUUCAUAUACUUCAUGUUUCUGAAGAAGAACCCCUUCAAGUUGUACGUAUCGCUGAUUCAACCGAUGCUUACUGCGUUUGCCACGGCCUCAACUGCUGCGGCCCUUCCGUUGACCUUCCGGUGCAUGGAGGAUAAGGUGAAAAUCGACACCCGAAUCACACGGUUUGUGCUUCCGAUUGGCGCCAACAUCAAUAUGGACGGCACUGCGCUGUUCAUUUCGAUUGCAUCGAUUUUUAUUGCUCAAAUGAGUAGCAUGGAGUUGAACUUCGGGCAAAUUUUGACCGUUGUGCUGACGUCGACGGCGGCCUCGAUGAGCUCGGCCAGCAUUCCGAGUGCGGCACUGGUGCUACUGCUGGUGGUACUAACGGCGAUCGACGCUCCGAUGCACAACGUGACGCUGCUGUUUGCCGUGGAUUGGUGUGUAGACCGCAUUCGUACGACCAACAACUUCCUCGGCGAUUGCUACUGUGCCGCCAUCGUGGAGCACCUGUCCAAGAAGGAGCUCAAACUUACGGAUUCCGACCGGCCACAAUCUUACCGUGAGGACGACGAGCUCACCCUGGACGGGGAGGGCAAGAUCCCCUCCAGAUCGACCAUCGAAGUUUGAAUCGCUCGGCCCCAAAAAACCAAAGAAUGAUAUUUUUACUGAGUGGUGUGGAUUGAGAUUUUGAAGAACGGAACAGUUUUGGAAGAUUUUGAAGACAUUGACGAAUUUGACGGUUCACUGUGAACAUCCAUGGGGACCAACUCUUACCUAAAAGAACAUACAUUAAGAUAUUUGAAACCAGUUCCGCGUAGCGAUACUGCUGCGAUGCACCCGUUGACAGUAGUUAAAUGUAGAGCAUCUCCACCGUAGAGUAGCAGCGCAGACUACGCUGACUAGGGGGCAGCAAAUGUGAUAUUAAAUACUUGUCUAAUAGCAAUUUAUGUAACCAUCGAGAACAACUAUCAACAAUAAUAGCUAAUAGAAUUGAGGAA